CUCCGUGACUCCAGCCGCAGCAGGGCUUCCACCGCAGCUCCACAGCAUUCCCCGGCAACAGCCACGGGCGCCCGCACCAGCCGGUCUCACAGCUCGCCGUCCAGGAUGUCGCACACUGCACCUCCCGACUCCCCUGCACCACCGGAGUACUCUGCAGAUUCUUGUAGCAGGAGAUCAGAGGAGAAUCUUAUAUCUUCAGAUUAUAAAGCAGAUGAUGAUAUCACACAAGAUACAUAUGAAGAACAUUCCAUUAUCCCAGAUACACCCUCAGCCCUUCACAGCCAAGAUCUGUCAUCUCAUCCUUAUAUACAGGUCCUGUCUUCUCACUCAUCACAGGAUGUUCAGCAAAAUAAGGAGAAGCUAUUUUCAUGUUCAGCAUGUUGGCAAUGUUUUAUUAAGAAGUCCGAUCUUGUUAAACAUCAAAGAACUCACUCAGGGGAGAAGCCAUUUUUAUGUUCAGAAUGUGGGAAAUGUUUUACUCAGAAAUCAGAUCUUGUUAAACAUCAAAGAACUCACACAGGAGAGAAGCCAUUUUCAUGUGCUGAAUGUGGGAAAUGUUUUACCGAGAAGUCAAAUCUUUCUAAGCAUCAAAGAACUCACACAGGGGAGAAGCUAUUUUCGUGUUUAGAAUGUGGGAAAGGUUUUUCUCAGAAAUCAGAUCAUAUUAAACAUCAAAGAACUCACACAGGGGAGAAGCCAUUUGCAUGUGUAGAAUGUGGGAGAUGUUUUACUCAGCAAUCAAGUCUUCUUCAACAUCAAAAAAUUCACACAGGAGAGAAGCCAUUUACAUGUUCACUUUGUGGGAAAUGUUUUAGUCAAAAAUCAGACCUUGUUAAACAUCAAAGAACUCACACAGGGGAGAAGCCAUUUCCAUGUGCAGAAUGUGGGAAAUGUUUUACUGAGAAAUCACAUCUUGUUACACAUCAAAGAACUCACACAGGAGAGAAGCCAUUUUCAUGUGCAGAAUGUGGGAAAUGUUUUAUUGAAAAAUCUAAUCUUGUUAAACAUCAAAAAAUUCACUUAGGGGAGAAGCCAUUUUCAUGUGCAGAAUGUGGGAAACGUUUUAUUGAGAAAUCCAAUCUUGUUCAACAUCAAAAAACUCACACUGGGGAGAAGCUGUUUUCAUGCUCAGAAUGUGGGAAAUGUUUUAUUGAGAGGUCAACGCUUAUUAGACAUCUAAGAAUUCACACAGGAGAGAAGCCAAUUCAGAGCACUUAAUGAUGCAGAUAACACAUCUAUAUAUUCACCAUGUACAUAGGAUAUCUGACAUUUAUACAUAUAUCAUAUACUGCAUCUCCAAACUUGUUCCCAAUUGUUAAUAAAA